ACGUGUUAAAUUCAUCCAUCUGCCCAUCUCCCUCCCUCCCUAUCCCCAUUCUUCUCUUGUCCUCUAUCUUCCCUGCCAGCGUACCAUUUCCCCCCUCUAUAUCUGCAAAACCACAACUCUCUGAAUUCUGGGAUUCUGCACCCAUUCAUUUUUUAUUUUGUUUUUUGGAUUCUGUAUAAAGGGAGAAAGAAUGUCUGGAAUUGUCGCUUUUUCUCGGGCUCUAGCUUUACAUCACCGAUUCAAGUUCGGAACUAGAUACUUCACGGCUCAAGCUGCAUCUUCUUUGAAACCAAUCUGCGAUCCAUCUACUUACAGUGACAGCGCUGAAGAAUAUGCUAAUAUUGACUGGAACAAUCUGGGAUUUGGUCUGACUCCAACUGAUUACAUGUACGUUAUGAAAACCACCGGAGAUGGCAGUUUCGAACAGGGAAAACUCGAUCGCUUCGGAAACCUGGAACUCAGCCCCGCCUCCGGCGUCUUGAAUUACGGGCAGGGCUUAUAUGAAGGCAUGAAAGCAUUCAGGAGAGAAAAUGGAGGAAUCUUCUUAUUCCGGCCAGAUCAAAAUGCAGCCAGAAUGCAGAUUGGCGCUGAAAGACUGUGCAUGCCUUCCCUAACAACUGAACAGUUUCUGGAUGCUCUGCGACAAACUGUUCUGGCUAACAAGCGUUGGAUACCUCCUCCGGGAAAAGGAUCGCUUUACAUUAGGCCUAUGCUGCUCGGAAGUGGACCCAUUUUAGGUUUGGCUCCGGCGCCCCACUAUACCUUCCUUGUCUAUGUUUCCCCUGUCGGAAACUACUUUAAGGAGGGGACAGCACCCUUGAACAUAUACAUAGAGGAAGAGUACCACCGCGCCGUGCACGGCGGAGCAGGCGGUGUCAAAAGCAUAACUAACUACGCGCCGGUUAUGAAACCUAUUACCAUGGCAAAAGGCCGAGGAUUCUCCGAUGUGCUAUACCUGGAUUCCGUCCACAAGCGGUAUGUCGAGGAGGUGUCUUCAUGUAACAUCUUCAUUGUCAAGGGAAACAUUAUUUCAACUCCCACUGUCGGUGCAACCAUCCUCCCGGGGAUCACCAGAAAGAGCAUUAUAGACAUCGCACGAGAUUCCGGGUACAAGGUUGAAGAACGGUUGGUGGAAGUUGAGGAAUUAUGUGAAGCUGAUGAAGUCUUUUGCACUGGAACUGCAGUUGGUGUUGCUACAGUUGGAAGUAUUACAUACAAGGGAAAAAGGAUUGAGUACAAGUUGGGGGAGGAGCAUGUGAGCAAGAAACUGGGCUCAACACUUGUGGGGAUACAAAAAGGUGUAAUUGAAGACAAGAGGGGGUGGGUUAUGGAGAUUGGAGAAAAAACCUCAUGGUCCAAUUCAAUAUAAACCAGAUAAUGUUAAAUGUAUCACUGAUAAUGUGAAAUUUUAGUGAAGUUGAAUAUAUAUAUUUUCAUAUAUACAUUUUGUCAAAAAAAAAUAAAAAUUUCAUAUAUACAUACAGAUUGACGGAUAAAGAACAAAA